AAUGAAACGAAAAUAUUGAUCAAAGCGCCUUUGCGUCAAAUUUCAGCAUCGAUAUAAUAUCGUUAUUUAAUAUCUAUUCCCAUAAACCAAACUUUUUGCGUGAAUUUUCUUUGCGAAACUUUGAGAAAAUUUUGAAUAGCCAUGGACCAAAAGCAAGUGUGGGCACGUGUUAUUAAGGUCCUUGGCCGGACCGGCUCGCAGGGCCAGUGUACCCAGGUCAAGGUGGAGUUCCUUGGCGAGGAGAAUCGCCAGAUCAUUCGCAAUGUGAAGGGACCAGUGCGCGUGGGCGACAUUCUCACCUUGCUGGAGUCUGAACGCGAGGCCAGAAGACUUCGCUAAUGAGAUUUGAUGCUCUAAAACUACAAAUCUAAAGACGGAAGAUACUCUUUGUUCUGGCAUCGCAGCAAAAAGGACUAAAAAUUGGUAUUAAUGUGAUAACAAGACAUGCAUAUUCCUGAACUUGAAAUAGAGAGUUACAUAUGUUCAACGCA